AUGUUCAGGAAUUUAAUACAAAUUACCAAUAGGUUUCCGAAGAAGUUGAUGAUUUCUCAAUCUUUGACUCAUCGAGCAAACCCUUUAUCAAAGACACUUGUCUCCCAUUUCCACCAAACAGCUUUCAGAGCUCAUGGGCAUAUUCAUAAACCCAAACCAGGUGAAGAACUUCAUAUAACAUUCAUAACCAAAGAUGGAGAACAGUUUACAUAUGAAGUCGCAGAAGGUGAUAAUAUAUUAGAUAUUGCCCAAGCUCAUAAUUUGGAUAUGGAAGGUGCUUGUGGAGGAUCUUGUGCUUGUUCUACUUGUCAUGUUAUUGUUGAUCCAGAAUUUUAUGAUGAAAUACCGGAACCUGAUGAUGAUGAAAAUGAUAUGUUGGAUUUAGCAUUUGGUUUAACUGAAACCUCAAGAUUGGGUUGUCAAGUUAAGAUGACUAAAGAAUUGGAUGGAAUUAGAGUUGCCUUACCUGCUAUGACUCGUAAUUUACAAAACAAGGAUUUUAAGUAG